GUGAACUGGCAAUUAGUUACUUGGGCUACAGCACUCCAGACAACGGCUCAGGACGGGUGGAUAACUCGGAGGGUGACAUCUUUGCCUUUGGGGUGCUUCUUUUGGAACUUCUGACUGGAAGGAAACCUUUCGACAGUACAAGAACAAAAAGGGAACAAUAUCUAGUGAGAUGGACAUCGUAUCGUUUGCACAAGUAUGAAGAUUUGGAAGAGAUGGUUGAUUCCAGAAUUAUCUGUGACUUGUCUUCUGAGGUUUUCUCUGAGUUUGCUGAUAUAGUCACUCUCUAUUAUUCAGGCCAACAGGUAAACUACAACAAAUCUUCAUUUAUCUUCAGCAGAGAAGUCCCUGUUGAGAGACAAAAUGAAGUUACUACAAUGCCGGGUAUCUCUAGUAUGAAGGUGGAGGAUAAGUAUCUUGGAGUGCAGAUUCUUAAACCUGGUAAACGAAUUGAUUCCUAUGAUAUUCUGGUGGAUAAAUUCGAUAACAAUAUGGCAGGGUGGAAAAAGCAUUUCCUAAACUAUGCAGGGAGAACCAUUUUAAUUCAAGCAGUUCUGCUAAUGUCGAUACAAGUUGUUGCUAACCUUACCUGAUGAUUCCGGGAGAAGGCAGAUGGAAUGAGGACCUGGGGAAAAGUAUGAUAAUUACACUGCCCAGCAGAUUCUCAAAACACAGAUUCAUUCUGAUGCUUCAGUCGAGAGAUUAGUUUGGGUUUAUACUCUCCGUGAGGAAUUCACUUCUCAGUCCUUCCAAAAACUCUUGGCAGCUAAUACAGGUGAGUCUUCUUCUCAUCAUGAUAAUUCAUUUCCGUGGAAACUUUUCUGGAAGAAGAGAAAUAUGACCCCUAAUAUCCACAUGUUCAUCUGGAGAGUUUUACAUGAUGGUGUUGGUGUUCUCAACAAGUUGGGGAAGUUCAUUGAUGUUCUUCCUACUCGGUGCAUAUUCUGUCGUUCUUGUGCCGAAACAGUGGAUCAUGUUUUCUCGCAGUGUCUGGUUGCUCAGGCUGUGCUGUUUGGGUCACCUCUCUAUCUAAGGGCUUCACAACCCAUCUACUGCAAAUGUUAAGCAUUCCUGUCAGAUUGUAUGGUUGCCUGCAUGUUUUGGGCAAUAUGGAAGACAAGAAAUGCAAUCGCUUUUGAGAUCCAUAAUCUCAACUUAGAGAACAUUAGUAGAGAUGGUUUGUUCUGGUUCAACAGAUAUCAGUUUCAAGCCGACUAUACAAGAGGGGUGUUGUGUAGUAUUUUUAACAACUAGAACAUUUUUUUGUUUGUUUGUUUGAAGCAUGACAACUAGAACAUUGUUUCCUCUUUAGUGCACAAAAGGCAGCCCUCAUAUUCCAGUUCCUCUUCUUGUAUGUCCCCUGCAGGAAGCCAGUUGUGGGUCAAUUUUUAAGGUUGACCGGUAGUCAUGGUGGGUCACCUUUUAAGGUUAAAAUAGUACUUGCAUCUGACAGUUUUGUACUUUAUUCAGAAAUUUUUAAGAUUUGGAUUCUGAAGAACAACCCAUCUGUUUUCCAAUCUUGCGGAAAAUAAGGAAAGAAGGUCCAAAGAGACCUAGAGGCUAGAGGUUAUGAGUAUGAAAGUCAAUUGAGACAGGUGAGAGUGUAUAUUAUUGUAUUUUCAGAUUUGAUUUAUUUUAAAAUUUCCCAUUAUUUAUUAUUGAAACGAUUGUUACCAGAAGAACAACCAGUGAUUUAUAUACAAAACUAAUAUAUGCUCUUUGUAGUAGAUUGAUCUGA